UUAUAAAAGUACAUAAAGGCAACUCAACAUAAUCAUCUUGUUAUAAAUUUGUUUAUUAUACAACAGAGACAAAAUUAUAAUAUGCUAGAACACUCACACACUCAUCUCGUUUUUCAAGUUAUGGCGACUCCAACAAUGAAGAAGAUAUGUAGUGUAUUGAUGAUUGUAGUUUUAUGUACGAUAUGGUUUCAACAUACACGAGUACUGAGAGAGAUAUUAUCUAAUAUGUCAUUAGUUAAUUACUUAUUCAUAAUUUGGUAAAUUUAUACUUUUAUAAUAAAGUUUAAGAUCUUGAUCAAUAAGAGAACUUUUACACCGAAUCAGGUAGGUUCUUGACAACAAGAGUUUGGAACGAUCGAUUGUUUGGACAGCCAAUAACAAUGGAAUACUAACUUAUUAACCCCCCCAAAAAAAUGGAUAGACUUCCAAAAAUAAUAAUUUUUAAAGGGUAAAACUACUUUUUCUAUAUAAAGUAUAAAACUACACAAAGCCAACUCAACACUAAUCAUGUUGUUAAAUUUGUUUUCGCUAUAUAACAUAAGCAAAAAAUUUCUACUCUUGAACACCCAUAAACUCAUCUCUUCAAUGGCGACUCAAGCAAUGAAAAAUAUAUACAGUUGUUUGAUGAUUGUAGUUUUAUUUAUGAUGAUGGUUUUAACAUAUGCGAGUACGGUGGAAGUGUGUGUUAAGCAUUGUGUCCCGAAUCAGUGCAUGAAAGUUUCUCAAAAGGCAACUCUUCCUUUAUGUGAGAAUGCUUGCAAAAAAUUCUGCAACCAAAACAAAUUUUCUCAUGACAAACACAUCGUGCCUCGAAGUUCUUGCGACGGAUUAUUCAGCUGGUUACUAUGUAAUAAGUGAAACUUAAGAAAUUUGCAAAAUAAUUUAUGUGUGUGAUUUCCUAUCUUUAAAUUAAUUAAUAUAUUAUGUAAGUAUAUACUUUAUUUCUAAUAAUAUAUUUUUGUGUCGGUUUGACAUGUGUGAGAUAAACAUCACUA